AUGUGGUUUAAUCAAAUGGAAGUAAAACAAGAAUUUAAUGAAGACGAAGACACCUGUAAAAUCGAAACAUAUGAUCUUUUAGUUAGCUUUAAAAAUGAAAUUAAAGGGGAACUCAAUAGUGAUAAAGCACAUAAUACAUUUGAUGAUUUGGGCUUAAAUCAAUUCUCAGUCAAGACUGAAAUAAAAGAUGAAAAUAUACUUUUGCCAGUUGAAGAAAAACAAACAAACGAAAAAGUUAAGUAUAUUAUAAUAAUAAUUUAUCUACCUUCAGUUAAGUGUAUCAUUCAUCUUUCCAAUUAA